AUGCCGCUGGACGUGAGGCUGAUGAGUGGGAAGCCCCUGGGGGGCUGUUCCAAUUUUGAAGGCCACGGUGCGGAGCUCCGGGAGCGCGUGGCUUGCGAGCUUCAGAUCUCGCCUCAGCGCGUGUCACUCUUGGCAGGUAGCCGGGAGAUUACCGAUGAAGAGACACUUUCGGAUUCCAUCGACACUGUCACGGCCAUGGUAGCAGAGGGCCAAGAGCUAGCGCAGUGGUGCGAGGAGAAGAUGCCAGAGUAUUCCUUUACCGAGGUGUCGGGAGUCGGUGUACCAGAUGGCUCUGAGGAGAUCGAUGCCAAGCUGCUUGGCCGCGUCUUCAUGCUCGCGCUGAAGCGUUUCCUGAACCGGACUCAGCAAAGAUAUGUGAGGUCUCUGAAGGAGCUUGGGGUCGCCUUCGACCCAGUUCGCCCUUUCCUUUUCAGCGUGGGAGAAGCAAGCCCCUUCUAUGAAGCAUGGGCCCGAAGGAAGCUCGAAAAUCCUGAGGAUGUUUCGAAAUGGGAAGCCCUUCACAGACAAGCCCAGGCAGAUGUGAAGCGAGGCAAGCGGGCCAUCGCCACUUUCGUGGCCUUAGAUGAACGCUUGGUGGGCCCGAACUCGGUUCGCUGCUUCAGCCGCUGGGAGGUACAUCAGGAGGAUGGUCAGGAGGGGCACCAUCGUGUGUACGGGCUGCGUCAGGCCUAUUCCGGGGUUGAGUUUGACAAGAUCCUCGGCAUGUGGAUCGAGGCUGAGGGUGAUCUGGACUGGCAUGCUUCUAUCAGCAUCUUGGGCGCAUGGACCUGGUACGGCAUGAGGGAAAGCUGGAUGGGCCUUCGCGAGCCACGCUACUGGGAAGAGCAGCGCGACAUCCGCAGGGAGUGCUCCACCGGCGAGGUGGCAGCCCGCUUCGAGACCUUCUGUGAUGUCAUCGCGGCAGCGCAGACAGGACAAGCGGAGGCUGCAUGGCUGAAGCCCCACAUCAGCCAUGCCGUUUGGGCCAUGAUGCUGGGCAUCCACACCGAGACCCUCCUGCUUGCGGAGUCAUGCUACCCAGCAUCAAAGGGGAAAGAUGAGCCCUGCAUGAUGAUCCUGGGCCGAGCUUUGAAAGCCAUACUGCGUAUGUCUGCACAUGUGGAGGGCCUGAAGGAGAAGGUCUUUGAAGCAAUCUUGUGUAUGGCUGACCAUCGGAACGACGCCCUGCGCAUUUAUGGCCUGGACCUCCUUCGUGAGCACUUUCCCACUGAGCAGAAGACGGCCGAGCUUCUUGAACGCCAGGCGAGUGCAGACUGGCCACACAUGCGACCGUAUGUUGAAGCUGCGCAUCAUGCAUGCCAGGCUGUCUCAGCUGCAGAUCCCUUGCCUGCGAGCGACGUUCCUCAUCAGCUCCCAUCACCCCGUCGUCUUGUGAACCAGAAGCUUCUGAACAACCCGAUUGAGAUUACAGGGGAACGGUACAACCUAAGAGGAGAUCUGAAGCACGUUUUGUUCGAGGAUGUGGAUGAGGUGGAGCCAGAGUGA